AUGGUCCACUCCACUGAAGGAAGUCCCGUCAUUACCCGGUUACCUUGCCGUGUGUCGGCGCUGCUGAGGAGCGGAGCGGCAGAGCGGAGGGGCCCCGGUCGUUGUUCAAUGCUGGGGAGCCGGGAGACAGGAUCCGCGGGCGGCAGGGAGGCGGCUGCCGGGCCGCCGGGGCCGCAGAGCCGGGAGCACCGCGGGGAGGAGGCGCCGGCCGGCCGCGCUGGGUGUCGGCUCACCGGCCUGGUGAACUGGAGGCAGAGACCGUGCAGGACUUCAGCGCUGUUCGCUGCAGCCAACACGGUGAUCUGGUUGGUGGCCUUCAGCCCUCUGCGAGCCUGCAGCCUCACGGCCGUCCUGCUGGCUCUGCUGGUCGUCAGCGUGACCUCCAGAGACGUCGCUCGGUCCGGAUCCACAGGAGCUCACUUAUGGCGCAGCAUGACUGCAAGCUGGGAGAUCAUCGACUCGGGCCAGGAUAGCCGGUCCGGGACCGGACCUCAGCUCGGCGACUCCCUCAGGCUCUUCCUCCAGGAGACGUCGGCUUUCAAACAGCAAAACCCCGGAAAGUUCUGCCUGCUGGUUUGCAGUUUGUGCACCUUCUUUGCUGUCUUAGGACGCUACAUUCCAGGGAUCGUUAUCUCGUAUAUUCUCGUGCUGGGUUUUUUCCUGUGGCCUCUGAUUUCGUCUCACGAGGUUGGCUUGUGGCUGGAGCCAGUUCUGCAGAAGCUGGACUUUGGCAUCGGGGAGUUCCUUCAGAAAAUCAAAGAGAACCAUGAGCGGAGAAUCAUGCAGGCUCAGACUGAGAAAGAGAACAUCGAGUCGGACCUCUCCUCCAUGUUUCCAAAGCUCGACUCCACAGUGUGUAAGGAAAUGUCUGUGUCGGACACAGAGGUGUCGGACGUGACGUGGACGGACAACGGUACUUUCAACCUGUCGGAGGGACACACGCCGCAGACGGAGAACUCUGAGGACCUGGACAGAGAGGAAGCGUUCACCGGCGGUCUCCCAGAAUUCCCCUCACUUGACAACGGCACAACGACCAAUGGCGACGACGACGAUGACCUCAGCCUCGGCCUCCCCUCGCCUCAUCCCCAGCAGCCAAUCAAAUCCAAGCAUUCACCUUCUCCUCACAAAGACCGACCUGCCGACAACGCUCUCGAAUUAGUCAACCAGAUGGCGGGCGACGUCAUCGCCGCCGCCGUCACAGCCGCCAUUCAGGAGAGAAUAGAGGCGGCGGUCGGCUUCUCGGCGCUGAGCGAAGACACACAGCGGUCGAGAGUCCCAGAAUCCACCAGGCUGCUGGAGCUGGCCGAGGAGUCGGACAGCGAGGUGGAGGACUUCGAGCUGCUGGACCAGUCGGAGCUGGAGCAGCUGGAGGGGGAGCUGGGGCUGGAGGAGGUGAAGGCCCCGGCCACAGAGGAGGCUCCGGCCCAGAGUGACCAACCGGCACCUUCUGGAUUCUUCUCCAAACUCCUGAGACGCCACUGAUCGGGGACGAGGACGGGUUAACGAGGACAUGUGGAGGGAGAUGUUGUGGUCACGCAGGACUGUCUGAGAAAAUGAUGUUUCCAUUUAUCUUUUAACCCGUAGAGCAGUUUGUCAGACGUGGAGGUGGAAGUGAUGUCACUGCAAUCAGAAUCGUCGCAGCCUGAUGCCGAGAUCAGAACCCACGACGUCAGCGACCCGACCCGGCAGACGUGGGAGCGAGAAUGAGCGAUGUGGGAGAUCUGGGAAGGAAACAUGAGUGAAUAUAACUCCCGUGCAGUGUGCACGCGUCACUGCACAUUUAUUUAUUUAUCUGUCUUUAUUUAUUUGUUAACAUUUCUUCAGCUCCUUGUUGAUCGCUCUUCGAUCUCAGAGCUUAUUGGAUUACUAGUCAGAUCGCGAGUCUGAUGCUAACGUGCCGGGUCGGGUCGGGUCGGGUCGGGUUCAGGAUUGAUUUAGUAACUUUUCACUGCUUGAAGACAUAUUCAAUGAAGCUACAAUUGGUCAGAGUUCAGCCUUUAAUAACGCCACUUUAUAUACAGUGAACAUUAUAAGAUACAAACAUGUGGUGGGUUCUGAUCCGGCGUUUAAGCUUGUUGAUGAUUUAAGGACUAAAAACCUACUUGUGGUUUGAAUCAGUUGCUGUGGUUACACUCGUCUUUUCAAAGCAACUUUAAUCACCUGAUCACAUUUUAUUUUAACGAUUCAUGCUUAGUUUCAGAACCGGUCCAGUUGAUCUCCUCAGCUGGAAGUCGCGUCAGUGCAGCGGCGAGUUCUCCACGAACGAGACUCACUGUAUGUUUCCGGUCACUUAUUAUUUAACAGAGCAGUUUUCUCUGUAGGAAUCAUCCCUGUAAUGUUGUCAGACGGUGAGAAUAACAACACGAAACUUUGAACGCAGCCCAAAAUGUCUGGAUGCGUAUUUUCCAGUGACCUGAGUCGUCCGACUGCUGCUACAUCCAACACUCACUUUAGUGCUGAAUCCAUUCAUCAGACUACAUUACCCAGAAUUCUACAGACUUCAAAUCAAAUGACAAUCACCUUUAAUGCUCAAAAUACUUCUACUGGUUGGAUAGUUGACUUUAUCAACUUUAUUUUUUAUUAUUUCCUUUUUUAAUUUUAUAUGUUUUUUUUUUUUUUUUUUUUCCUGGAACAUUUAUGAAGUCGAGGGACUUUUAUUUUAUUACAACAUGCAGCUGGUAUCAAAACGCUUUGCAUGGACAUCUUACCUUGAGACAUAAAUAUAUUUAAACAUUAAAACAUUUUAUUUUCAGUGCGUCAGGGCCUUGAAUUUAACAUUAUUCACAGCUGGAUCGUUCCCCAACUUGUCAAAAUGUAAUUUUCAAAAAAGGCUAAAUCGACAUCCAGUGGAUGUUUUUUAGAGAAACGUCUCCAAACAGAAACAUUUGGAGGCUUAAGAGUUACAUUUCUGUAAAAAAAACCUAGUAAAACAUGCAGGAGACAAGAAAUAAACAGAUAAAACUAAAAGCUCGAUUUACUCCGGUGGUGAGCGUGUGACUCGUCUGGACUUCUCAGAACCAAGUGAGCACGUGAAGACUUCUGCUCCUCACCUCACAGGAUGAUCCAAAAUAAAGUCAAAUACAGUUUGAGUGCGCUGAAAGUAAAAUGUUCUGAAACGACGUAUUUCCAUUUGCACCUUAAUUAUCACUCAACGACUCACCGACGUCUGCUGAGUCACAGGAAGAUGAAGACUGACUGGACGGGUUCUUUAACAUGCCUUGUACACUGAAAGACAAUGUUUUUAUAAUUAAGACACACAGCAAUGUAUAAUGAACCCUCUUGAAUUAAUCCUGUAAUGCCUUGUAUCAUAACUCUAAAGAUCACAGUAGAAAUGUUUAUCAGUGCCUAUGAGAGGACUUUGUAGUGGCUGCGGUUCAUUUCUAGCUCACAUGUGAUAAUAACUGUAUAAGACGAAGAAAUGUUCAAACCUCUGAACACUUUUUAAAAUAUUGAGAACAUCGAUGAGAUAAUUCAUGUUUUUUUUUGUUUUUUUCAUUUACCUUCCUGUUGUCUAAAAGUUGGGAAAGAUGUUGGUGAGUCAGAACCAAACUGCAUUAACAAAAUGUACUUUUAUGUAGUUAAACUCAAGAAUGUCAAUAAAAUGUUGUAACGCA